GCGAGUACGCAGCAGUGGUGGUUAGCAACAUUCUCUCUACAUCCAUGCUAGCAACCAGCACAGACUACUGUGCAGAAAAAUAGGUUUUUCACCUUCAUUUGAACACUGAGAAGAACCUUUCCGCUUGACAGGAUAUUGAUGUCAUUUGGUGGAAUCCAAAACGGCGGUCGCCGCAGCAAAUGGGACCAGCCCGGCCCCGGCUCCGGCUCCAGUGGGAUGGGGGAGGCAGAGUCUGCUCCCACCGGGGCUCUGGAUGCUGCAGCUGCGGUGGCUGCCAAGAUCAAUGCUAUGUUAGUAGCUAAAGGAAAACUGAAACCCUCACAGAUAGGCGUCCCGGGACCCCCUGACAAGGCUGUGGGUGUGUGGAAGCCUCCAGUUCAAACAAAAGCCAAAGAUGACCUGGUCGUCGCUGAGGUGGAGAUCAACGACGUCCCGAUCAACUGCCGGAAUCUGCUGACGCGUGGACAAACUCAGGAUGAGAUCAGUAAAGUGAGUGGUGCUGCCGUAUCAACCAGAGGCCGUUACAUGGCGGCAGAGGAGAAGGGCAAAGCGUUACCAGGGGAUCGACCUCUGUAUCUACAUGUCCAAGGACAGACUAGGGAGCUUGUCGACAGGGCAGUUAACAGAAUCAAGGAGAUAAUCACCAACGGUGUGGUGAAGGCUGCAACUGCCUCAUCAUCCUCUUCAUCUUUCCCCCCUGGUGGGGCUUCAGGCACAGUUUACCAACAGCACAACCUACCUCCUCCAUCACUGCCCCCCAUAACCCACCACAAACCACACUUUCAGUCCGGGAUGCAUUAUGUUCAAGAUAAACUCUUUGUGGGCCUGGAGCACGCUAUCCCGGGGUUUGUGGUCAAAGAGCGUGUGGAGGGCCCCGGGUGUUCGUACCUGCAGCACAUCCAGGCGGAGACUGGGGCCAAAGUCUUCCUCAGAGGAAAAGGAUCAGGCUGUUUAGAGCCUGCUUCUGGACGAGAGGCCUUUGAACCCAUGUACAUCUACAUCAGUCAUCCUAAACCAGAAGGACUUGCAGCAGCAAAAACUUUGUGUGAGAACCUGCUUCAGACGGUCCAUGCAGAGUAUUCCCGCUUUCUCAAUCAAAUGAGCUCAAUGAUGCCAACACAACAAGGCUUUGCUCAGCCUCAAAUGGUGAAUGGAAUGCCUCCGCAGCCUCCGUAUUACCCCCCCGCUGGAUACCAGCAAGGCUACGCUAUGCCUGUACCACCACCUCAGCCACAUCCUGUCUCUCUCCCUUACACUGUCCCUCCCCCUUUACAUCCUGCAGGCGUGCCUCCUCAGUACUCUCCCUCCCCCCCCGCCCCCCUCCCUGCUCCCUCACACUCCCUCGCUCCGGCUCCUGCCCUUGCACCUCCUGCUUCAGGCACGAUGCCACAGACUCUUCCUCCUGUACCUUUUCCUCCAUCAGCUGCAGCGCCACCCAAAGCUCCACCUGCUGCCGCUCCAGUCAACCCACCUCAGAAGAGACGCUUCACAGAGGAGGUCCCAGACGAGAGGAACAGCGGCCUACUCGGAUACCAGGUGCAGGCUUCCCAGUGGGCAGCCCGGAGACUGCAGGACCCCCAACACAGAGUUCCUCUGGCCCACCGAGUGAGAGGGACAGUCGGCAGCUAAUGCCUCCACCCCUGCUGCCUGUGAACGGAGUGAGACCCAAGAUGGAGGAGAAAAGAGCACCGCAAGGCCCCGUGGGUAAGGGCAUUAUCAUGUGGACUGACAAAUCCCUGCCCAAAUCCAAAUCCACAGUUCCUGACUGUGGACUGUGUCCUUUAUAAGCUCAGCCUGGAUCUAUUCUCAGACUUAAUGUAGGGCCGCAAGAGGAAAAUGUAAAUCCUGUAAAUCCUCUCCGGGGCCACUUCAGUGGUUUUACUUGAAAGUAUUGAAGAGGUAUACUGUAUAUGUUACAUAAAGCCCAAGUAGAUGUAUAAAGAAGACUUAGCUGGCCCUAAAAAGCUUGUAUUUCUUUGGGUUUAUAUAUUAAGUGUUUGUGGCACAUUAGAUAAAUACCCCCACCCUCUCUAUUGGGCUUCUUAUGAUCCAUGCAGGAUUCUGCUGCUGUGACUAUUAAUCUCCAGAUAGUGAGGCGGAGCUAUGAAUCAACAUUUUUUGUGCAUUGUACAAUCCUUUGUCUGAUAAAUCGAGUCAACCUUGCCGUCCCGUUCUGAUGACAUCAUCAGUCCGGGGUUUGUCCAUAGUUUCUUUUUGCUUUCCUCACUAACAAGAAUCUCUCCUGUUUUUGUGUUUUUCUCUUUUUCCCUGUGUUCUUCUUCUCUUCCAUGUAUCUCUGGGAUGAUGCUGGAUUCUGAUUGGGGGUGGGGUACGACUCGUCAUGCUACGCUGCCGCUCGAUUGGACGGCCCUCACACUGUCGCUCCCCACCAACCAAUGGCGAAUGACUGCCCUCUCCUCUACCCUACUGACAAACUAUGAUUUAAAUCUAUUAACUAUUUGUUUCUCCCAAAAUGUGUUUGGAAUAAUGAACUUAAAUCUGUCCUAUUGGAAACAUGUUGCUGCUGUUUUGUGUUGGGUUUUUUCUCUCCCCAUGUUUCUCUCUCCAAAUGUGCCGCCUCUUCCUCUCUUCUGCGUGCUUCCUCUCUUCUUCUUUCAGAGCCCUCGGUGAAGAGAAUGAAAACUGGUUUGGUGGCGUACAGCGGCGACUCCUCUGAUGAAGAGGAGGACCACUCAACCUCCAAAGCCUCAGGGCAAGGUAACCCUGGGGCAGCCCCCCCCACCUCCUCAGUCUGGACUCAGGGCUACCACUGCCCUCCUCCCCCGCUCCCCCGUGCUAAAACACAGCCACAGCAGCAGUCCAUGC